ACCUCUCCUUUAAUUACACAUGUGAUAAUUACGCAGAGUCCAUUAAAAUAUGUUUUUUUCAGGGAUUUCGUAGCGGUAUGCAGCAAGAGACCUUUGUUGGUAAAGAUGCUAUUAGCCGUCAAGGAAUUCUCACACUAAACUACCCUGUCAGUCACGGCAUAGCUACAAACUGGGAAGACAUGGAGGUGAUAUGGCGUCACACUUUCGAUAACGAGCUCCACGUUGCUCCCGAAGAACAUCCCGUGCUCUUGACAGAGGCUUCCCUCAGCCCCGGGGUUAACCGAGAAACUAUGGCCCAGAUUAUGUUUGAAACCUUCAACGUCCCAUCAAUGUAUUUGGCCAAUCAAGCUGCUCUGUCGUUGCACGCUUCUGGUCGUACUACAGGCUUAGUGGUCGACUCAGGGGCCGGUGUGACCGAUACUGUCCCUAUCGUUGAUGGUAGAGUUGUUGCUGCUGGCGCCAGCAGGGUUGAUAUCGCUGGUAUUGAUGUCAGUGACCUCUUGAUGAAGUUACUUAAAGAACGGGGUCAAUCCUUCGAGCGAAUGAUCAUGGAAGAAAUCAAGAAAAGCCAGUUGUACGUGGCCCUCAACUAUGAGCAGGAACUGGCAUCUUCCACCACUUUGAAGGGGAGCUACGAACUUCCGGACGGGGAAUUAAUCACGGUGGAUAAAGAGAGGAUCCGUUGUCCAGAGGUUCACUUCAAGCCAUCAUUUAUUGGUAGUGUCCAGCCGGGCAUCCAUACGGCAACAUACAAUUCAAUCAUGAAGUGUGACGCUGGCAUCCGCAAAGAUUUAUAUGCCAACGUCGUUCUCUCGGGUGGCAGCACCAUGUUCCCUGGUAUGGCUGACAGGAUGAGGAAGGAACUGACAGCCCUUGCUCCAUCAGCGACCACUAUAAAUAUCAUAGCUCCUCCAGAGAGGGAAUACUCCACCUGGCUAGGGGGUGCCAUGCUCGCCUCCAAGUCCAACUUCAAAGAUGUGAGCAUUAGCAGGCAGGAAUACUUUGAGACGGGCCGAUCCAUUGUGCACACAAAGUUUUGAGGCCCAAGUCUGCUCAAAAAGUAGUGUCCCAAGUUGAAUUAAAGCAAGUAAUACCGAAUGCAGUGGUAUCAAUGUAACUCAUGUACAUUAACUGCUUAGGGACACGAUAUGUACUUUUUCGUCUUAUGUUACCCUCUGAAUUUAACUGGAAAGUUGUAUUUACUCGGAGCCUUUCAUGUACACCCGCAUAUCUGCAUACUGUAAAUGUUGUUCCAAUAAAAUAGUCUGCCUUGA